AUGUCGCUACUGGCCAGAGCGGCACUAUACCUAAAACAGACAGUCUCGGCAAGGUACGCUUUUACUCCGGCACCGAUUAAUGCCCAGGAGGUGCGGUUUAUACGGGACUGUUUUGGCAAGCUAGGAACGGUAGAGUACUUCAGUGUUGCCAAGACGAAACAGACAGAGGCACAUUUGUUUGGGCAGCAAGUGACGGUGACGUUGAGUCCAGGCGACCAGCUCUCCCAGCUUGAUCCUUUCGCUGGCAUUGAUCGAGAUAUACAGCCAACGGCUGGAGAGCUUCGACGGGAACAAGAGAAGCUAGCAGGGAGACUACGAAGGUUAAUAGGGCUCCCGAGAUAUUCGUACAUUGAAAAUGAUGGGCAGUAUAUGGAUGGGCAGAUCCACGUGCCGUUUAAACACGCUCUCAUACCCGAUGCAUCACGUCUUAUGAAUCAGUAUAGAAUGAGUACCUCCACGGUCUCCUCGCCGUUUGUCUUCCUUGAGGAAGGCAACUAUGACGACGUGGUCAGCAGCAUACGGCACAAUUUCCAGAAAUACCAUAAGAUCCAACGGGUUUUCGUGGAAACAGGCUUACAUGGCGUCAGUUUGGUUGGCGCAGAACGUCAGGACGUCUCUGUCAAGGUGGACGACAAUGCGGUCGUCAGUGCCGAGGAUAUCAUGGAUUUGGAUAAGGAGCUCGACAUUCGGGAAACCAGAGCGAAGAACUCGACGUCUUACGGCUUCUUUCCUCCAGUCAAACCAAAAAUCUAG